AUGUUUUUUCAAGCAGUGUCCACAAACGUGGGUGGGGCUAUAGGCCGCUCCAUUGACAUCGGUAGGUUCUCUGAAUACGGAGAAUUAUAUCAAGCUUUGGCCCACAUGUUUGGCAUCGAAGGGCAACUCGAAGAACGACAGACUAAAGGUUGGACGUGUCUCUACCAGGAUGAUGAGGGUGACUUCCUACUUCUCGGUGAUGGCCCAUGGGAGGAGUUUGUGAUCAGCAUCAAGUCCAUUCAGAUCAUGUCACCUCAAGAGGUUGACCAGAAGUUUCUGCAGAAGCUGGGUGGUGGUUUAGCAUCAAGGCUGUAG